AUGGCACCGAUACCAAACUAUGUUUUUACACGCGACUACAUCGAUAAUAAUCGGAUUAAUCUCCAACAUCAUCAAUGGACAGAACUUUUUGGAUACGUGCUACAUCCUCAGAUUCCUACAACCAACACCAACCUCCGUGUUGCAGACGUCGGCACUGGGACGGGAGCUUGGCUCACAAGCUUAGGCGCUAACUUGCCAUCUACGGCGCAAUUGGAUGGUCUAGAUGUGUCACUACAAGCCACCCCGCCGGUCGAGUGGUUACCGGGCAAUAUCCGCUUCCGGCGAUGGGACAUCCGAGACACUGUGCCCGAAGAUCUUGUGGAGGCGUAUGAUGUCGUACAUAUACGCCUCCUCUCAUUCGUUCUCCACGAUGAAGAUGGACAGUUGUGGGAAUGA